UUUACCACUGCUGCCCCCGUUUUCCGGCGGGCCGGGCUGGCUGUACCUGUACGCGUCUCCGUGUCAUCCUCCUCCGCGCCGGACUCUGCUGCUUUUGUGCCCCCAAGUUGCCAUUGCCGCGGUUGCUGGCACUGGCAGACACGGAUCCUGUACCUGGAUCCGGCUGUCUUGGUCGAAUCGCGCGAUUAGUACCGGUUCGUACCACUCACUCCACCCAUCUGCGGCGCCGGAUACAACAGAAGUCAUGCUCUCUCUCUCUCUCUCUCUCUCUCUCUCUCUCUCUCUGUGUGUGUGUGUGUGUGUGUGUGUUAGGAGCUAGCAGGCAGAUCUCAGACGCCGCGCCGAGAACGCGUCGCGUGCCGUCGCAAACGAGGACUCCGUCUUUCGCCCCCCGCGGCGGCGCUCGCGUUGAACCGGCGCUCGUGACGUGACCCUGCUCGCACCGGCCGGCUAGCAACGCGCAGGGCACGGGCACGGGCACGACGCUGCCCGCUGGUGACGCUCCAGUUGGGGUGGGCAGGGGCUUCACGCCACUUGUGUUGCACCGUUCUCAGGUGCCAGCACACAGCACGGGUUUUGCACGGAACGGCGGAAGCGUUUCUCCGGUUUCCUGCCGCUGCUACGGCCAGCCUACGGGCAGGGCGGUUACCUUACCUAGGACGCACGGCCGGCCGGCCGGUGGAAACGCGUGGAGCACUCACUAGUAGUAGUACGUCGUUUCGCCGUAGGAGCCAGGGCAGCAAGGCGGCCGUGCGUGGUGGUCACUGGCUCAUUGCUUGCGGCGGCAUCGCCCGAUGAAUGUCGUAGCAGCACAGCACUCCCAGGUUUCACAAAGUUGUUUCGGUCCUCUUGGCGAUACACAAGUUCCCAUCACUCUGAAUCUGAGGCUUCAAAAUCACUCUCACAAGUCACGAGCCAGUGAAGCGAGCGAGCGAGCGAGAAGCCCUGGCCAGGCGUAACUGGUGGUCAGGGUUCCAGUCCAAAGUCGCCAGCGCUGACUCUGACUCCAGCAUCUGACUCAAGCCAGCUCAGUAGCCAGUGAAGUCUUUAGACCGUCCACCACAACGCAGAAAAAGUCCAAUCUGUUCGUGAGGCGCCCAAUUAUGCAUGGGGGGCCAGUCAAAAGAAGAAGACGAAGAAACCAAGCACAUCCAGGCACGUUUAUAAAGGACAGUGUAAGCCUCGCUGGUCGUCAUCGUCACUCGCGCCUCGGUGAGCUGCUUCAAUUGAAGGCUGCACCGCUGCAGGCUACUCCUAUAUAGCUAGUCUGCAGAGAUGCUUGGGAGGAGGAGGAGGACGAGAGGCGGCGCCUCGCCAUCCAAGUCGCAGGAACCCACCAGCACCGGCGCGGCCGUCACUGCUGACGCCGGCCAGGGCGCGGCGACCGGCGCCUCGCAGUCGCAGCUCGUCACGCGGCUCGAUGAGCCUGCCACGACGAGGCUGCAACGCAUGAGCCACAGGCUGAGCCUGCUCGAGCAGCACAUGGAAACACUGGAGGCCGACGUUGCCAAGGCCAGCACGGACUCGUACGAGUAGAGUAUUACUCCUAGGUAGCGAUCUUUGCAGCCGAACAGCUUGUCACGCUCCAGUGUCGAAUUCAGCAUGGCUACUCCACCAGCCAGUGCUAUCUAUUGCUCGGGCGGCUAAGUAUAUAAUUUUUAGAAGGAUCAUGGAUA